AUGCGUUUCCUCCUCCCCCUCCUCUCCCCCCUCCUCCUCUCUGCCACCACCUCCGCCUCCUCAGAUUCCUCCACCCCACCUGCCGACGAACCCACCCCAGUCGGCGCCCUGUGGACCGCAAAAUGGAACGACACGAGCCUCACCCCCUACACGCAGCACUGCCGCUCCACCUCCAGCUACACCGCCAAAAUCUACAAACUCAACGAACUCUACCCAGACCUCGCCGAGCAAGCCCCCCAACUCAAAGUCUUCUACAACAAACAACUCUACGCGGGGUCCUGGGACGGCAUCGACGUGCACGGCGUAGGCCGCGAGCUCAUCGCCAUGCACAUGACCGACGUGCCUUACAAAGUGCGCGAGUGGCUCAAGAAAGAAACGCUGCAGCGCCAUUUUAGUGUGCAGGAUGAUUUGGUGUUUUUUGCCCCGGGAGCGAUUUAUCCCUUGCUGCCGCUUUGGGUGGAGGAUGUGGAGGAGGAGCAGGGGAAGGAGUGUGAGGGUGUGUUUGAGGGGCUUGAAAGGUAUAGUAAUGAGCUUGGGGAUGGGAAGGUGGUUGGUAAGGUUAGGCAUGAGAGUUUGGGGGACAAGGAGGUGCGGUUUACGGUUGAGGCGAUGGUGGUUAAGGCGAGGGAGGGGAGGGAUGAGUUGUGA